AUGUGUCUUGCCAAGGCUGCUCUGAACGCUAUUCAUUACCUGUGUGAUGUUCCCGUAGCCAUUUAUAACUACGUUUUGGAGUAUUAUGUCUCAUGUAUGGACACACAGAAUGACUGCAACACCAAGUCCAAGCUCCUCUUUCUUGUGGGCCAAACUGCCUUUAAGCAACUGAUUGCCGUUAAAUCUUCCGAGCGCCCACAGCUCACGGCUCUUGAAGAGCUGACCAAAAGCCUGCCAGUAACAAUAGCAAUGAUACAGAUUCCAUGUAAAAAGAACUUGGGUUGGGUUUGUACGAAUUCAAGCGUCACACUGUGCACGAGCUGGCGCAGAAACAAAGAUAUGCGAUUCUUUCAGUGGGUUCGAUUUGGCACACCGUUUCCAAAGAAGUUGUAUCGGUGUGCGGUCAUGAGCAGAGUAUUUCCACUGGUGACCACCCGUUAG